AUGGGAAACUGUUGGCAGUUUGCUCCUAGUUUUGUUGUCAAUAAAGCUCGUACAAAAAAAAAACCAGCGGCACGGGAACGAUGUGCGAAGUUUCAUACAUGCGGUGCUCACUUCCGGGAGAGGAUUGACCACGUGGGAUGCUGUGGAUAUGUGUCUGCUGUGUCGGUGAAGGAAGGAGAUAUAUCAUUCUCGGAUAAUGGCUCUUAUUCUGAACACAACGAAUUAGAAGGGUCUGGGAAGAAGAAGAAGAAGAAAAACAAACAUAGGACUAUAGACGAUGAGACAUUAAUGGAAGUUGGCUCCUCAGAUAACCUCUCACCAUCUUAUAGCCACAACAGCUUUGUCAAAUAUGUAAAGCAAAAGGACACUUCAGAACAGGAGUCAUCAAACUGGGACUGUAAUUCCAACACUCAGGAGUCUCCUAAGAAGAGGAAGAAAAAGAAAGAAAUAGAAGUGUCUGUAGAGGAGGCAGAUAAUACUGGCCAACCAAAUUUUUAUGAUGGUCACUUUGAUGAAGUGUCUGUCAUAGAGGAAGCCCCCUUUAGUGAAUCUAUAAGAAAAAAGAAAAAGAGGCAUAGACCCUCGGAGACUAGAAGCCUUGAGGAAGAUGUUUUAGAAGACGUACAACCAUCUCCACUGAUCACGUUAAAUGACCAUAUUGAAUUGGAAGAUUCUGUAAGAAGAAAGAAAAAAAAGCAUAGACCCUCAGAGAUCAGCAGUCUAGAAGAAGAUGUUUUAGAAGAUGUACAACCAUCUCCACUGACCACGUUAAAUGAUAAUACUGAAUUGGAAGAUUCUGUAAGAAGAAAGAAAAAAAAGCAUAGACCCUCAGAGAUCAGCAGUCUAGAAGAAGAUGCUUUAGAGGAUGUACAACCAUCUCCACUGACCACGUUAAAUGACAAUAUUGAAUUGGAAGCUUCUGUAAAAAGAAAGAAAAAAAAGCAUAGACCCUCAGAGAUCAGCAGUCUAGAAGAAGAUGCUUUAGAGGAUGUACAACCAUCUCCACUGACCACGUUAAAUGAUAAUACUGAAUUGGAAGAUUCUGUAAGAAGAAAGAAAAAAAAGCAUAGACCCUCAGAGAUCAGCAGUCUAGAAGAAGAUGCUUUAGAGGAUGUACAACCAUCUCCACUGACCACGUUAAAUGACGAUACUGAAUUGGAAGAUUCUUUAAGAAGAAAGAAAAAAAAGCAUAGACCCUCAGAGAUCAGCAGUCUAGAAGAAGAUGUUUUAGAGGAUGUACAACCAUCUCCACUGAGCACGUUAAAUUACCAUAUUGAAUUGGAAGAUUCUGUAAGAAGAAAGAGAAAGAAGCAUAGACUCUCAGAUAUCAGCAUUUUGGAGAAAGUUGCUUUAGAGGAAAUAAGUUCAUCUUUACUGACCGCAUUUAAGGACAAUAUUGACUUGGAAAAUUCUGUAAGAGGAAUGAAAAAAAGACGUACCAACAUUUUGAAAGAAGAUAAUAUGGGUCCUAAACAAAGUAACAAAGACCAUGCCAUAGCUGAGGAAAAGGAAGAAAUUGAAACAAACUUUGAUGCAUCUGAGAGGGAGGCUUUUAAGAACAUCACAGAAGCAACAAAUGGCAAGACCGAUGAUAUUGUGGGAACUCCAGCAAAGAAUAAUAAAUCUGCAUUGGGUAUGAAAUCGGGAAGAGACCGGAAACAAGAUGUGACUGCAGAGUUGGAGGAACCGGACCAAGAUGAGAUGGAAAAUACCCUUGACCAGGAAACCAGUGACCUGCAGGAAGUUAAUCGGCUUAAACAAAAUAGACCAUCAAUGUCAGGCAUUGAGGUCCUCGGUUCCCUACCUAAAAGAGAUGUUGCUUUACUCGAGGAGUAUUUUCCCAGGAUUAGAUCUUUGUCAGGGAAGAGCGUCACUGAUUUGGUUAAUUAUGAGCUGCACAGAAUCAAAGAUGCCAAAGCAAAAGGAAUUAAGUUUCUGACUGGACGAUUUGAAAGCACUGAAGAUGAACUGAUCAAGAAAAAUGUCGAAGAAUUCUUGAAGAUAGGAGGGUUGGAGUCCGGGGAGAUACUAUUUCACAGCUAUAGGUUUCCUGACAAGAAGCGCACGGUUGAGCAGCUGAAGAAAAAGUACCACUUUCGUCAGCGAAUUGCGAAAGGACUAGCCCGCACUGUACUAGAAGUUAACGGUCGAGGAGCAAAGUUAUAUGAUUUGUCUGGCAAUAAGGGACGUUUCACAAAACAAGAGGUAGAAAAACUCCAAAAACUGAUGGGAGUACAUGGGAAUCAAUGGACUACCGUGGCACCUUUAGUUGGCCGAAGCAGUGCAUCCGUUCAGUCAAAGGCCUCGCAGAUCAAGCUGGAGGUCACCGGGGGCAAGUGGAACAUCGAUGAAGUAAACCGACUUCUUGAGGCUGUAAAAACGUUUAUUAUGAGUUUACUGAAGAGGAAGAAGAUGCUCAAACAGCAACCACAUACAGUCCCCAAGGAGAUGCUGUUCACUGGAAUUCCCUGGCGGCAGAUAGCGGAAAAGGUGCAGACAAGGAACUGGACUCACUGCAAAUCAAAGUGGAAUGAUAUUCUGCUAUUGCGGAUGAAUAAUGGUUUUAGUCCUUGUGAGGGAGCUUUGGGCUUACAGACCAAUAUAGAAAUUAUCAAAUGGUGA